UGCCGGCUGAGAAGUCAGCCUCGGUCGGGUGACCUGCGGAGGACACCCGCCCGCCCGCAGGAGGAGUGAAUGUCGCCUCCGAUGUGGAGCUUGUCGCUGUCCGACGCGCGAGUGGUGCUGAAAUUUGGAUAAUGCGUGGCCAGCGCCUGCAGGGCUGCCGCUCCCUGCACUUCAACGAAGACAACGGCCGCUUCGUGCUGCUGGCCGUCCUCAUCAUCCUGUACCUGCUGUGCGGCGCUGCGGUCUUCUCGGCCAUCGAGAGGCCCUCGGAGCUGCAGGCUCACCGCCGCUGGAACGGGACGCUCCUCAACUUCAGCGAGACCUUCAACAUCAGCCUGCAGGACCUCAACUCCUUCCUGCGGGAGUACGAGGCUGCCAUCGCCGCCGGCAUCCGGGCUGACGCUCUGCGGCCGCGAUGGGAUUUUACAGGAGCUUUUUAUUUUGUUGGAACUGUGGUGUCGACUAUAGGUUUUGGCAUGACAACACCUGUGACAGUUGCAGGCAAGGUGUUCCUUAUCUUUUAUGGGCUUCUGGGCUGUGCCGCCACCAUCCUCUUCUUUAACCUCUUCCUAGAACGUAUUAUCACCCUGCUGGCCGUGGUGAUGAAGGCCGUGAGGGAGCGGCGAAUCCGGAACAGUGGCCUGCUCCCGCCUGGAAUUCACCAUGACUUUUCAGCCUACAGUCUUCCCGGUUGGAAGCCAUCAGUGUACCACGUGAUGUUGAUUCUGGGUCUGUCAGCCAUCACCAUCUCCUGCUGUGCAUCUGCUAUGUACAGCCCCGUGGAGGGGUGGCUGUACCUGGACUCCCUCUACUUCUGCUUCGUCACCUUCAGCACCAUCGGUUUUGGGGACUUUGUCAGCAGCCAGAGUGCUUCUUAUGACUAUCAAAGCCUCUACAGGGUGGCUAAUUUCUUCUUCAUUCUAAUGGGCGUGUGCUGCAUCUAUUCCCUCUUCAAUGUUAUUUCUAUUGUCAUCAAACAGGUGCUCAACUGGAUGCUGAUGAAGAUGAGCUGCUUAUUUUGCCAACACUGCAAUAAAGCGAACACUUUUCUGGGCCGCCGCAAUGCUAUCCGGCCAGGCUCCAGGCAUCGCAAAGGUCGGUUUGGCCAGUCGCCUGACUCGGAUGGUCCCUGUGACAGCGACACGGAAGGACGCAGAUUAUCGGGGGAGAUGAUCUCCAUGAAGGACUUGGCAGCUUCGAACAAAGUGUCCCUGGCCAUCAUGCAGAAGCAGCUGUCAGAGUCAGCAAACGGAUAUCCUAGGACGGUGUGUGGCAGCUCACGCCAUAACGGUUUCUCUGGGGGCGUUGGCGCCCUCGGUAUCAUGAACAACAGGUUGGCAGAGACCAGUAACUCCAGGUAGAAGACUGAGUACAGGACUUCUUUAUUGUCUUACUGUGUUAACAACCCCAAGGAUGAUCUCCACAAAGAAAAACAAAGCUUUUGAAAUGUAAUGUCAAUGUAACUCCAUAUGCAUGAUACCUAUGAUUUGUUUAGGAUUCAUUUUGCAGGAAUUGCAACUGGUGAUAAUAACAGUAAUGAUUAUGAUGGCGGCAAUGAUAAAAGAUUAUAUGUUACUGUAGAUUAUACAAAGACGAUGGCAUGGAGGGAGAACCAGAGCCAAAAACAGAGCACCAUAAAGUUGACUUCACCAUUUCAU